UUGAAAUACAGAAAAGGUAUUUGUGCGCCAUUCCUUCGUCCGUCCUUGAGCUGUGAGAGAGAGCGAGCUAGCCAGUGCUAGGGCUCACAAGUGGUAUCAGAGCCAGGGCGAUGGCGUCGGUUCCGCACGGUGGUGGCGCCGGGGGGAGCGCGAUGCCGCUCUUCUAUCCGAUGCUCACCCGCGACAACUACACCGUCUGGGCGAUCAAGGUCGAGGCGAACCUCGACGGGCGGCGGCGAUCUGGGAGUGCCUCAAAGCGUGGUUCAUCGGCGCGGACCGCGUCAAGGCAGCUCGGUUGUCGACGCUCCGCGGCGAGUUCGACCGGCUGAUCAUGGCGGACGGCGAGGAGCUGGACGUCUACGCCGGCAAGAUCGGCUGCAUGGCCGCCAAGUUUGCAAGCCUCGGCGGGACGCUGAGCGACGCCCAGAUGGUGAAGAAGCUGCUCGACACCGUCCCGGAAUCGCUGUUCGCGGCGGUGGCCGGCAUCGAGCAGUUCUGCGACGUCGAGACCAUCUGCUUCGACGAGGUGCUCGGGGGUCUCAAGGCGUUCCAGGAGCGGACGGAGCGGCGCAAGGCAGCCGUUGGCGGAGAGCGUCAUGGGGACCAGCUGCUGCUCACGGCGGCGCAAUGGGAGCAGAGACGCCGUACACGCGGCGGCGGCUACGACGGCGGCGGCGACAACUACCGUAGGCGCGGCAAGUGCCACAACUGCGGCAUCUGUGGUCACUUCGCCCGCGACUGCAAGAAGUCCAAGAAGAAGGAGGAGGAAGAGAACCAGGAGGAGGCGCUGCUCUGCGACGCCGGUGACCACCCAUGCCUGCUCUAGGUCAUGGCUUAGGGGGUGAUUGUUAGCAAUAAGCCAUGGCAGUCCGUGGCGUGCAUGGUGGACCGGCGUGAGCGCGCCAAGGUCGAGUCCAUGCACGGCAUGGUGUGCAUGGCAGUGUGACUAUAGCGCGUGCGUUCGUGUGUUAGUGUUUCUGUUAGGAGAUAGCGAGUGCAACGGAGCGGAGGACUUGGUCCAGCAGCGGGCCGGCCUUGGCGAUCGCGUCGGAGCGUGUCGUGCGCGAGCUGGGGGUGCUGAUCAUGGGUGCGUGUGUGCGCGGCCGCAGCGACGUGGGUGGGGCUAUAAAACUCCCUCUGUAAUCUCCAUUGCAAUAACCACGAGGAUGAGCUCGGGUUGAAAUACAGAAAAGGUGUUUGUGCGCUAUUCCUUCGUCUACCUCCGUCCGUGAGCUGUGAGAGAGAGCGAGCUAGCCAGUGCUAGCGCUAACACGGGCCACUGUACUUCACCGGUGACGAAGGCGACAACGCCACGGGGUGCGCGUGCUGGUCGCCGGCUGUGCGGUCCGGUCGCCUAUCGUCGCCGAUCUCGGCGUCGUCUCCGUCGCGGUUCCCUAUGUCUGCCUCAGGGACGUCAAUCUCCGCAGUGGCCUCGGAGGAAUUGCUCCGUCG